AUGCUGUGGCUGCUGCUGCUGCAGGUCUCUUCUCUGCCAGUCUGGCUGGGACACAGUGAGGUGGUGAGAUCCUUGGAAACUUCAUGUCCUCAGUUCUUCUACCGGGGCAUGGCCCCGAAUGAAGCCCUGGAGCCACCCAACCCAGCCCAGAUCUGCCAGCGCUACAAGAACCAGUAUUACUUUGCCACUCUGUACGACAGGAACAUGCGUAUUCCUGUGUACUCUGCCUACAUCUACGACCCUGGCCAUGGCAAGAGACCCAGGACGUGGCUGGUUAAACUUCAUCUGAUGGGCCCAACCUAUCCCAAAACUAUGGAAAAAGAGUGGACCCUCUUAAAUCAUUACAAAGUCAGCUUCGAGCAGCUGAGUGAGAGCCAGGCUAUCCUCCAAGACUACAAGAACCUGACAGGCCUGAACCGAGGCCACUUGAACCCCAACGGCCACCACCACGACUACAGCAGCAGGAUUGCCACCUUCACCCUCACCAACAUAGUGCCCCAGCACGACAAGCUCAAUGGAGGAGCCUGGAAUAACUACGAGCAACAGACAAUGAUCAGGAACACCAAGGGCUGUAACACCACCUACGUCGUGGUGGGCGCAGUGCCUGGCAACAACUACAUCGCGGGCGGGAGGGUUAAUAAGCCAGGCUACCUCUGGGCCAGUGCCUGCUGCGAGGUGGACAGCUACCACAGGAAGGCUUGGGGGGUCAUUGCUGAGAACGACAAGAACCAGGUGGAGCUCCUGACACUGGGGGAGCUGGAGGACACGCUGACCCAGCUCUACGGGAGAGGUCAGGUUUCUCUGUUCCACAGCGACUGUCCCCGGGAAUAA